AUGACAUAUUCUACCAUUAAUCGAAAUAUUAUUAAACCUCGAAGAUAUAGUUUAUUAAAAACAUUACACAAUCAAUUUUAUUGGAAAUGUUUUAUUACAACAAUCAUGGUUGAUUUAUGUUUAGGAUAUUCAAUUUGGUGUAGUCUUAAUCCAAAAUAUUUUCCUAUAAAACUUGGAAAAAUAGUAAUUUCCAAUACAACAUGUUCACAGGGAUAUCAUAUGAUACCAAUUGGUUUUGCUUUUUUAUUAUAUAUUAUAUAUUUAAUGGAAUGUUGGCAUACUAGAAUUAAAAAGGAUAAAAUUAUUUCGAUUGAUAUGGAUGAUGCAAAAGAUUAUAUGGAAAAGUUGCAAAAAGCUACACCAAUAGUUUGGUGGAAAAGCAUUUGUUAUCAUUAUUUAAGAAGAACAAGACAAGUUACAAGAUACAGGAAUGGUGAUGCAUUUACUGCUACCCAAGUAUACUAUGAAAGAUUUAAUAGUCAUACUGCUGGUAAUGUUUUUCAAUUUGACCAAUGUGGUGUUAAGGAUAUUUCAAAAGUUGUUCACGAUUUAUAUAAAUAUCGUGUAAUUAAAAUUCGUUUAAAUAAAGGUUUUGUUUUUGCUUGUUCACAAGCUGCUGAUGAAUUUGAAGAACAAAGAGCACGUUUUUUUAAUGAAAAUGAAUCAAAAGAUGAUUAUAUGGAAGUAAGAGAAGGACUAGAUUUAGGUGGAUGUAUUUUUGAAGAAGAAUUAUUAGCUUAUCAAGGAAAAAAAUCAGGAUUUCCAUGGUAUAUGAAAAUACCAACAUAUUGGAUAGCUUCAAUUUUAUUAUUAAGUUGGCCACUACGUGUUUAUUGUGAUUAUAAAACAGCAUAUUUAUCAUACCGUGUAACAAAACUUUUUGGUUCAAAUUAUCUCAGUCCCUCAAGUUAUAAUUAUACAGGACCAUUAACAAGAACAUCAACCAUGGAAAGUAGAGAACUAGAAAGAGGAACACAAGAAAAUUAUGUUUUGGUACCUAGUUAUAGUGAAGCAAUGUUAUUAGAACCUGUUUUAAGUAAUAAUACAUUAAUCUCAUAUAAUGGACAAAAUUUUCAAAACUUUUAUGUACAGUCACAUUACUAUACAACACAAAGUGGAGGAGAAAAUAAUAAUAAUAGAAAUGAGAUACGAAGACAUUUACCACGAAUAGGACACAAUUCGUUGAGAUUAAACUUACAAUCGUCUAGACUUCCUAAUUACGGUUCAACAAACCAGUCAUUUAUUUUAGAUAUAGAUGAUCAAAAUCAUAUUGUCACACCUCCAAGAAGUUCAUCAAUGACAUUUUCAAAUAAUAAUAAAAAAUUAACAAAAGUUGAAUUAGUAACAACAAAAUUGAAAGAUAAUAGUAUAAAAAAAUCAAUGAAUGCUUUAAGAUCGUACUCAAUGCAAGCUGGUUUAGGUACAGAAGAUAAUCGCAAAUUAUGUCGUAAUAUUGAAUUACAACAAUAUGAUUUAGUAAAUGAAGAAAGAGGAAAUGAAAGAACACCACUUGUUAAUAAUAGUACAACCAAAGAACCACCACCACCAUAUGAGGCUGCUUUAAAAAUGAGUGCACCUAUUGUUCAAAGAAUAAAAAAAUCUGCUACACAGUCAAUAACAAGUAUUUUCAAUUUAAUGAAUAUAGGAGAAUCAUCAAAAAAUGAUAUAAAAGAAUUGUCCACAGAUUCUGUUUAG